AAUAUUUAAUACAUUAUAGUUAUACUAUCAAGAAAGUCAAUUAAAAUGGACAGCAGGGGGUUCGCCGGUCGUGAAAACGAGCCUGAAUUACAAAAGAUGGCUGCAUUUUUGAAAGAGAGAUGUGACCGAGGAAAGUAUGGUCUAAGAUACUAUGAAAACGACAAAAAUAUGAUUUGUAUUCCGUGGCCGACCGUACCAAGGCAAAGCGAAGAUAUUCCGGACAGUUUUCAUAUGUUUACGGAAUGGGCCUAUUUGUCCUUCCGAAAACGAGGAGGAAGAGGCGAGCAACUCGAAACAGAAGCAUUGAGCGCACAGAAACAUCGAUUCAGGAACGCACUAGCAAGGGCAGACGGAUUGAAAUGCAAUAAACAGCUUUCUACUGAUACACUCAGAGUCUAUGAAUUUGCCGAUACUAAAAAAGAGAAAGAGCAAACAGAAAAUGGAAAUUUCCGGUCUGGAAGAGGAGGAAAUUCACCUCACUCUUAUUACGAACAACAAGCAGCCCCUGAAAGGAAUGAUUAUGCGUAUAAUGUUCAAAUGCAUCACCAAGGUGGAAUACCAGACCAACGUGAAUGGGAAAACUACGGCAGCUCUCCUAUGACAGUGACAUCAUCACCAAAUCACAUAGCAUGCUUCCAACCCCAGACAAAUUUUCAGAUUCCACAGACGACAGAAAUGCAGGACGACAGAGAGCCAUCCAUCGGUACCCUUAUUGAAGAGAUGAUAAACACGCCUGAACCCACUCUCCCGGACGCUCCUGUGACCAUCGAUUAUCAGCAACCGAACGGCGCGUACAGCACAUACGCUGUUCCUCAACCCGUUCGCAAUGUAACUACAGCGUCGCAUGUACCUCAACAAGAUUAUCAAAUGGUCCAAGCACCGCAGCUACAAGUUCCAAAUCGAUACGUGACAGCCACUGCAGGCCCGCACAUGAACGGUCACUCGGCCGUUUCUCCGCCACAGAAUUUAAAUGAGAGUCUUCUAAUCAAGGUGUAUUUUCGUGGUAACGAGGUCAUGAAAAAAUCAGUCACUAAUUCUUCCGGAUUUCGAUUGUACUCCGGCAACAACAUUCCUGAUAUGUCGCGACUUCUUGAUACAGCACAGAGAGAUCAACUUCAGAGACUCACCAGAUUCAAUAGCGAAUACUUAUUCGGUCCAGAUUCAGUGGAACAGGUGGAAAUGCCAUCCAUAAAACAGAUUACAGACAAGCAAGCAUUACAAACGAAUGAGAUAUUAUCAAAUAUGGAUCGAGGACUCAUAUUUUAUAUUGAAAACGCGAAUAACGACGUUACGCCAUAUGACCAAGCUAUCAUACCCAAUGUAUAUUGUAUCAGACUCUGCCAAACAAGGGUCUUCCCAUAUGGUACUAACGUGCAGGAAAGUGAUGCACUUGAAUGUGACGGUUUGGCGCGAAUGAAAUGGGCAAAGAUAUUCGACUCAAACGAGUUUUUGCGCCAGAUGUCGAGAACUGGAACCACACCGUCGUCGACCAUUAAGCUUUCUGUGGGACAAAAGCCGAAGAAACAAGAAGGUCUUCAUUGUUUAGUGUCCAUUACAGUUUCGGUUACGCAAGCCAAAAUUCUUGCUGAUCGUCAAGUGGAAGACCAGCUAGAUGAGAUUUUCAUCUCUGACAAGAAUUCGAUGGACGUUGCAGCGCAACUUAUACAAAACCAAAUUCGUCAAAAAAUUCAACUGGACGACAACGCCGUUGUCAUGAGAUCAUAAAAAAAUAAAAUACAAGCUGUAUUGCUUGUUCGGCUGACCUAAAAAUUCAAUUACCGGUCAAAUUAAAAAGAUACAUUGCCAAUUGCCAUAGAAAUCCCAGGACUCUUAUGGAGUUCAGACUCUUGCGCUUGAAAAAUUGCAUCAUUUGAGAAGAAAAAUGUAUCCACGUGCAUUGAUUUGAAGUACUUUAUUUUUAAGUGUGUGGAUAAACACUCUGACAAAGCAUGACGUAUAAUAUUUGCUUAAUUAAUUUCAGUUGAAUUGUAUGCUAAAUUUUUAUUACCAGGGUCUUCCUAUACAUAUAUUUUCUGGGGAGUUUUUAUGUGAAAUUUUUGUUUUCUAUGUGAUUUUUAUUAUAGGAAUGAUUUGUUUCCUUUUAUGGCAUUACCGAAUUUGUUGGGAAAGUUUCUAAAAUUUUGAAAAAUUCCAAAAAUUUUGAAUGUACUCAAUACGAGUAAAGCACGUCUUCUUGUCCCAGACGAUGUUAAAGAUCGUCGCUAUUGAAUAAAUAACACUUCAGCAAAAAACUUGAACGCAAUUUCCUGGAUUUUCCCGGCCUUUGUUUGAGCGUGUACUUACUUGCAGCAUACUAGUAUUGAAACAUAUUUGGUCGAGUAUGAUUCAUUGUCAAACAUAUAACGAACAGCCUUGGUUGUGGAAAAUAUUCAGAUUAGUCAAAUCCUAAUAUUUUCCUCCCGAGAUAAACCUUCCAAAAUUUUAGCUGUAUAGUGAGUAUUAUUUUGACUAUCCAGGGCACGAAAAUCAAAAUCGCACUUUGCUCAUCAGAAUCCAUUUUUUCUACUUUGUGUCAAACUUUUGCUAUGCAUAUUUUUCACAUAUUAAAUAAUUGAUGUUUUUCAAGUCUUUCUUCUGUUAUUGUAAAUAAUAUAAUUUUUUUUUAGGUCUCAAGCUUUAGAUAAUAAGGGUGACUUUCGGAAUCUUAUUGGGGGCUAUUGAUAAUUCGAGCACGGUUCUUUUUAAAAACAAUUUUAUGGUGAAUUUUUUCACUUUCUUCCAGCCAUAACGAUGUCAUCCGAUAACUUUGGUCAAGACCACCUGAUAUGAAUCAAUGUAUGAUAAGGGACUAACUGUAUUAUUCCCAUAGAAAGUAUCACAGAACAGGGUCUUUGUCUUUAUAUUACAAUUAGAAAUGACGCACGGAUGAAUACAAGACGCACCCGUAUGAAUGCUAGAACAACGUGCUGGUAUGAGUAUCCAUCGUUCGAAGUUAAUAGUUUUGUAUGAAUUUUUGUUUCUAUCUGUUAUUUCCCAGCAUCACUUGUUUUACCUUCGGUUUCUCGCAACACAAUUAAUUUUUCAUGAAAUUUUAAAACUACCAAACUGUACAUCUUACGGACAUAUUUAGUUUCAUAUAAGGUGUGACUCAAUUUAAAUAAACUUCAAUUUUCCAACCUAUCGACCAAUCUGCUUGAACUGUUUUUUUUAUUACCUGGCUCCAUUAAACGAAUUAAGCCUUUCAUUUUAUUACAUCCUGUAUAAUAAAAGAAACUUCUUCCAAUUUAAAUGCUUUCUUUGUUUAGUGUCGGAAUGUUUAAUUUUUUUUCCGUAUUAUUUUCAACUCUAUUUUUUAAUUUAGUUAGUGAUUUAUUCGUUUAUUUUUCUUGUCGUCAAAAAUUUGUGUGUCUCCAAAGAAUUUACGGUAAACAGUGAAGAAUGCGUUUUUUAUAGUUUGGAAAAGUUCCGAUUUUUUAGUUAGUUGAGCGAAAAAAAUUAUAAAAAACCCAACGCAUUGUUGUGAGCAUGAAACGUAAACGCUGGGGAAAAGUUUAGAGUAAUAAUCAUUGCUCAGUUUACAAAUUAGUUUGUUUAAAAGCCUAAAUGAUAGUUUCACUUCACAGAGAAAUAGGUGGUGCCUGUGCUGAGUAAACUAAAAUAAUCAACCCAAAGGCUUACCCAGGAUUAAAUCAUCAGAGAACUCUUCAAAACUUGUUGUCUUCCACUAAUUAUUUUGAUGUAGACCAGGGUGGUCC